UCGAGAUGCAGCUUUAGGCUCCUGUCGCCGUUGGGCGACGAGGCUCAGAUGUUUUUCUUCGCUGCUUCAAGUGCUGUUGUAGUCAACCUCGCGAUUGGGUCAUUCUUGACUUGUCUGAGUGAGGACCAAGUUGAGAGAAGCGAAUCCAACGAGACGAGAUGUUUUCUACGUGGGAUCUGGUGCGCCCGACGCUGUGGCACCCCAUGUCAAUGCUAGAGCUGUCCAUGAUGGACUCGAGCUCGCUGCCGCAGCUGUCGGUGAGUAUGCGAAAUGUGCCCGGCGUCAGCUUGGAUGAGGAAUUUUUCAAGGAUCUGCCCACUGCAGAUCAGCCCAAGGAGGAGAAGGACGAGACGCCAGAGACCGAAAAUCAACGCGCGUUCUCGUCCUAUUCAUUCAGCAGCUCGUCCGUCGUGGAUGAGGAGGGCCACAAGGUCGUGAGCAUGCGUCGUCGCUAUGAAGACUCGACGGGGCGUCUGAAAGCUGAGCACGAACGCGAGGUUCGGGGCAAGCGUCUGAAGACGAUCUGGAACCGCAAAAACGCGAAGGACGAGGGUGAGCACCACACGAUCUGCUCGCAGGGUACAGCCGAAGAAUUCGAGAAGCUGUGGAGUCAAACUGCGAUCGGAAAGGCCCAGGAAAAGAAAAACAAGGAGCUGAAGGACAAGUCGGAGUAG